CACUGAUAUAUGCACAUUGCACACUCUCGGCCUGACCACCACACCGCGAAGGCAUUGCAAGAAACCACAGACACUAUGUCACGCAAACGGGUGAAAGGGUCUGCCAAUCCGAACGGCAAACCCAGCUCACUAAGACGGGGCAAUUCCAGGGCGAACAGGGAAUUAGAUCACUUGCCUACAACCUUCCUGCUGUCACCUAUCACGUUCGUGUACUCUAUGCUGGGUAUGGCCUUAUGCAGUACACUGUUCCUAAUAGCUUUGCCAUUCCUGCUUGAAGAUAUAUUCUUAGAGAGCCAGGCCAGGGCGGCACAGGCAGCGAAUAGUCAGGGAUCACACAGCAUGAGCCAAAGUAUGGGCGAAAGUAUUACAGACAUGUACGAAGGGGAGACUAUUGAUAGCCUGCGAGAGAUACUUGACAGAGAAGAACCGCUGCACAAGAUGAAGGAGUUUCAUGCACCCACACUAGCAUAUGUAACACCGUGGAAUGGAUACGGGUAUACGAUGGCCAGAAAGUACAGUAACAAAUUCACACAC